UCCAACGGCUCUUUUGAAACAGGAAACUUGCUCCCUUCCUUCUCUAACCCCCUUCCUUCUACCCUCCCUCUCUUCUCCCUCCUCUCACAACAUGCCUCUCUCCAUUUCACAAUAGAACAGCCUGAGAGAUGGGGGAAGGGGUGGAGGGCUAGGCAAACUGUCUUUGGGUGGGAGUGAGAGCAGACGAGGGAGGGAGCGGGGAGAGGAAAGAGGAGGGAGCAGUCUGGCAGCCAGCUGAUCGCUGGUCUAGCAUUCAGAGUUGGAGCGGAGGAUAGAGAGAGGCAGAGAGAAACCGAGAGAGGCAGAGGGAGAAAAGAAGAGGCUACUGAUGCUACAUUAAUCUGUAAUCUGACAGAGAGUCAGAAACCAACAGCGUCAUCACAGAACUGUCAGCCUCUGUCACAGUUUGUUCCGGAAAUCAACAAUGUAAAAGAGCUGGGAAACUAGAGCACGAGGAGGAAGUGAAGAGAGAAGAGAGAAACGAGAGAUGCCAUAAAACCAACAUCCUCUCAAAGAGAAAGAACACACACAACAGCUCAAAGAGAGAGCGAGACAGAAGGAGAAGAGAGAGAGGUAAACAUACUCUGUGGUGAGUCACUCCUCCUCCCCCUCUCCUUUCCUUUCUGCUCCUCUCCUCUCCUCUGGUGUGUUGAUGCUGAUGCACAGAGGAGCAGCAGAACUAAGAAAAUAGUCAGAUCCAGAACACUAGCGGAAGACGAGAACUGGACUCUGUGUGGGAGUAGCAGAACCGACAAUGGAACCGUAGAACCAUCAGGUACCAGAACUAGAACCAGGAGUAUCAUCAGAGCCAGAGCGGUGGAACCGGACCCAAAGGAUUGUGUACUGUAUAAAGGAGUGGUAGUGGACCUGGUGUGUCUCAAUAAAGAUGUCCUGGGGGUCUCUGCUGUCUCCGGUCCAAUGGGCCAAAUGGACCUGGUCAGCUGUACGGGGAGGAGGAGAGGAGGAGGGGGAGGACGGAGCGCCCAGAACCAAGGAUGAAGGGGGAAAUUCAGAUUCAGAAGGAAACUUUGAGACUCCAGUGGCGGAGUCUCCAGGUCUGCAGAAUGACCUGACCCAGCUGGAUAACUCUGCCGACAAAGCCCUCACCAGAGAUGACGGACAGCUGACGCCCUGUGCCUUCUUGGACAGGAACUCCAAUCAGGAUGUUUAUCCCGCCUCCCUCCAGGAAGUCCAGGAUGCCCUGAACAACCUCAAUAGCCCCUCCCGCUCCCAGAGCAGAGCAGGUUUGGACCAGAACCUGAACCUGAUGUUUACCUCCAGACCUGGAGAAGAUGGUCUCUCCCCGUCCCCUCUGCCUCAGCCCCCCGCCCUACAUCCCCCCUCGCUCCCCGUCCACAACCCCCCCGUCCCCGUCCACAACCCCCCCGUCCCCGUCCACAACCCCCCCGUCCCCGCUGAGUUUGACGAUCUCGCUCCUAUGACCUCUGACUCCAAUGGCAACAUCAACUCUCACCCCAACAGCCUGACUCCUGAAAUGGACAGACCAGAGGACUCAGACAGACAGUCACCUAGGAAGAGCACAGGCAUCACGACCGCUGAGCAGGUCCGUUUCCUCUGUAUGACGCUGAACUCCUGUAAAGUGAAGAAGCUGGACAACCAGACUCCAUUACAGAACACCUGCGGACAGGAGGAUGACCACGGCGAGGGCCACGCCACAGAUGAGGAGAAGCUAGCCAGCACAGCAGGAGUCAGAGCAGACAGAGAUCACAACGGGACAGAACUGAGUGUGUCAUGCAGAUCAGAGGAGUCAGACUGCUGUUCUAUGUAUGAGGACACAUGCCAGCUGAAGAACGCCAAGCUGGGAGGAAGUGACAUGCAGAAGAAGACAGGAAGUGAGGUUCUAGACUCGAUUUGCAUCAGCGAGGCAGAGAAGACGGCUGUUCUCACUCUCAUCAGAGGGGAGAUCAUCACUAAGGAGAUGGAGACCAAUGACUGGAGGAGGAAGUAUGAGGACAGCAGACAGGAAGUCAUGGAGAUGAGAAAGAUAGUGGCAGAGUAUGAGAAGACCAUCGCCCAGAUGAUUGAGGACGAACAGCGCAACACCAUGAGCUCCCAGAAGUCUUUGCAGGCAGUAAGCAUGGAGAAGGAGUCGGCGCUAACAGACCUGAACUCAGUAGAGCGUUCGCUGUCCGGUAUGUUCCACCGCUACGAGAACAUGAAGAGCACCCUGGACGGCUUUAAGAAGAAUGAGGAGGUGUUGAAGAAGUGUGCUCAGGAGUAUCUGGCCAGAGUCAAGCAGGAGGAGCAGAGAUACCAGACCCUCAAACUCCACGCCGAGGAGAAACUAGACAAGGCUAAUGAGGACAUAGCCCAGGUACGCAGCAAGGCCAGCUCCGAGAGUGUUGCUCUGACCGCCAGCCUGAGGAAGGAGCAGAUGAGGGUAGAGUCUCUGGAGAAAGCUCUGCAGCAAAAGACCGAGGAGAUCGAGGAGCUCACCAAGAUCUGUGAUGAGCUCAUCGCAAAGAUGGGCAGAACAGACUGAGAGAGAUUCCAUACUUCCGAAUCGACCAAUCUUGACCCACCAAGCCAACCCUGCCUACAACCUAUAGUGUACUCCUGUGCAUGCAUCCAGCCAAUGAGCAGCUCUAUUUCCCCACAGGGCGCCUGCACCUAUUGCUGCUGUACUGGUCAAAUGUCAUACGAUAACCCAUUUCUCUUAGUCAACAUUAGUGCAGUAUUUGAAGAAUAGGGUGUAAUUUGAGCCUGUGUUAUGUACAUGUGGACUUUUUGGCUUGGUCAUUAUUUACCACGCAAGACCCCACACCCGUUUGUCUUUCUGGACUGUAACAUAAACACAAUAUAAUGUGCUUUCUUGGCAUUGCAUAGGUUUGUGCCUAUUUAACUUAGGAUAACAUUUUGUUAAGCAUUUAUUAAUAUAUUAUGCACAUAAACCCCACACUUACAAAACACCCUGGCUGAGAUGUACUGUACAUAUGGUACUGUACAAAUGGUAUUUAUUCUGAACACUAGGAGACUAGGGCAGGACCAGGUAGACACUCCCUAGGCUCCAGGACAGUCAGGGGUCAGGGGUGAGCUAUGUUUGACCCCUUUGUAUAACUGCACUAUUAUAGGGAGGGGGGAGAUGUGGGAGUAGGAUGCACUACUAUAGAUAGGGGUGGGGUGGGAGGGUUGUCCUGGGAAAUAAAGCUUUUCUUCUGUCUGUAUAUGAGGCGUUGUGUUAGCAGAGGAAGAGGAGCUGUACAGUGACUGUGUUCUGUACGACUUCAGCACAACUGCACAGGGGAAGGGAGGGUUUCCCACUGUCCUAAGCUAUACCUGGUUAGUCUCUUUCUCAGGCCAGAGGGGUGGAGCAGAGAGUCGUAUACUCAGAAAGUGGAAAACUGGAUAUGGUGAAGUUAAUACAAAGACUAUAUAUUUGUAUAUGUACAAACAAAUACCGUUAACUGGGAGAGUGUUUGAUUGGCUUUUUCAAAAUCAGAAAUGUUUAACAUCUCCUGUGGCCAUGGAUAUGCACCUGUAGUAUUUGGGUAUGAAACAUUACGGCAUGGAGGUAGAGAGAACUGUUCAGGGAUUAUGUGAGCUCCCAUGAGCCCUGCUCAAAGGUAGAGCACUAUAUAGGGAAUAGGGCUCUGGUCUAAGGUAGAGCACUAUAUAAGGAAUAGGGCUCUGGUCUAAGGUAGAGCACUAUAUAGGGAAUAGGGUGCCAUUUGGGAUGGAUUCACUGUGUUUUACUGCACCUAGUUAGUGGCAUAGAAAGUUACAGUGUGUUUCUCAUAUUCACUGUUCUCAGCUAACCUGGUUAAAUACUUAAAUACUCUUCCACAGUGGAGAGUUUCACACCGGCUCACUAGUUCCCCCUCCGCCACACUGCACUGUGGAUGACAUAGUUAAACAAUAUAACAUGCAUGCAUGCAGUGAAACACCACGUAGACAUACAUACAUGUGCCAGUGUCUAUAAUACACAUCUUUGUGCCAUACUGAAGUUGUAGCUUGAUUGAAAGUUUCUUUAGAUAAUAUUGUUUUUAACAGUUUGUACAUCACCGAUGAUCCCUUUUUGCAUUGUCAUUAAAAUUUGUAAAGUGAAUAAGAAGCAUUCAGCUGUACUGACUUGUACUGUAAAGACUAUGUUGACUAAUAUGUGCAGUGUGUGUGCUGAGUAAACAUGACUGUCGUAAUAAG